CCACUGAAUCGGCUUUGAGUAUUUGUCAAGUUUCUGAUUAUGUUGUAUUGCACUGUCUGCACUUUGUUUUUUCACUGCUGAGUUGCGAAGUGCACCACGAGUGCUGACAUUGCAUCGCCUUACAAGACCAGUUCUGCAAUAUAUUUAGCGACGCAGCUGUGAGCAUCAACGUUAGAUUUGCGUGGGUUUGGUAGUCCUGCUUUUAUUGUAUUUUUUCCUUAUUUGUAGUAUGCAAACAAACUAUUUUUGGAAGUUUGAACAUGACAGUGCUCAUUCAACGGUAACUUCCAUUGUUCUGGGGGCACAUUUGACAUCAGUUGUAUCUUCACGAAGGUAAGAUUCAUUUCUCUGAGCCUAAUUGCAAGCCAGUUCUGAUUUUGUAUCUGCAGGUACCUAGCAGUGUGGUGACCAUGAGCUCGUUCCAGUUACCUUUGUACAUCUUGACGGAAAUAUUGAACCGGGUGGAGGAUGCUGUAGAUAUCUCGAAAUGCCAGUUAGUGUGCAAGGACUUCCGGGACGCUGGAAAAUCUGUCCGGUCUCUGCGCAUUCUGGUCUUGAAUGAUUAUCAUGAAAAUGCCAGAAGUAGUAUUCAUAUGAAGUCUUUGAGUUUAGCUGAAUCGAGUACGGCUGGUUCAUCAAAUACUAAGAAGGUUGGAGGGCCUACUUUACCAAUCAAGGAGAUGAUAGUCAGGUUUCUUAAAGGUAAAGAUUGCUUAUUGCAGCUUCGGUUAGAGAUCGAUCCGAAGCUGCAGGCGAAGUCGGUCCGCGAGGAUGAAAGGCAGAAAACUGACUUUUGGAUGAGUGACCACCGGUUUUUGAAGCAGUGCGUGAAUCCUUUCGCGUCAACACUUCAACACCUGUGCAUAGUAGAUUACGGCCAGCAGUCAAUUAUGCGGAAAUCCAGCAUUAUGAGUAUUUUAUCCGUAACAUGCAAUCGACUUAAGACUUUGGAUUUAAGGAAUAUGUUUAUUGACAUGAGUGAUUGUCAUAGAAUGACCUCGUUGACUAGUUUAACGUGGCGCUGUGUCAAAGUAAACGGUGCAGCUUUACGAAAUGUGAAAGAUUCAAUGACAAACUUGAGUACUCUGGCGCUGCUUGGGGUAUUUGGUGCUGAAGGAGGAAACUUGACGUUCCAACAUAUGACGGUUCUUUGUCUUGGUCUUUCCACUCCAGCGGAAGAUUUAGUAAUGAACCUCCCAACACUUAAGAAACUGCAAUUAAAGAUGCAAUGCCCCAAGAAUCUAGUCAUCAUAGCGCCUGUUUUGAGAUAUGUUGCGUUUAAUCUGGAAGUGCCUGAAAGUUCGAAAGUGGAGCUGAAAUGCAUAGAUGCUGUGCCGAAAUCAACAAGUAGUCAUACAGUAACGGAAUCACACAUAAACUAUAGUGGACAGGUGGAGGGCGCCGGGUUAGAAGAGCUUCUAUAUGGAGCCGCCAGUUUUAUACCAAUGUCAAGUCUUGUGGAAAAAAAUCCGAACUUGAAGAAGGUAUUUUUGGAUAUACCCUGCAUGACUCUCGCGGAAGAUGGAAGGUUUUUGGCGCCACUGAAAGACGUUCCAUUGAGCUUACCGAGUUUUGAUCACUUACAUAAUUUACGAAAGCUGGAAGUGUUAAACAUUGGACCUGGGUUAUGGUAUAGUUUAGAAGCGAAAGUUGACACCCUCAUUUCCGUUGAGAAGUGGCCUGUGAUAAAUACUUUGUAUCUUCACAUGAUUCCGCACAAUAGGGAGGCCUCCCUAAAGGUUUUAGGGUUGCUGCUAGGAACUUCAGUUACUUCGUUGAAGAUUUUUAUUCAUAGUAGCAGUCCAGUGAGUCGCGAUGAACUUGCAACUGGAAUCGAGGAGCAGGUGUCAGCUUGUGAGCUGAGGUCGGGCAAUAUAAUCAUUUGCAAGGUAUUGUCUUGGACGAAGAGUCUUGAUUUCUCGUGCUUCAGCUUCUAAAGUGGACGUGGCAGUGUCAUAUUUGAUUCGUGUGUCCAUCCAGUUAUACCCAGCAGCUAUUUGAUUUCAAGAUUCAAAUUCAUAAUUUGGUGGAAUCUUGUGUCCAUCCUGCCGUACGCAUCCAGCAUUAUUAUCAUCUGAAGGGAAAUUGAAGAAGUUUGCACCAGAUAGAAGAAUUAUCCAAUCUGUGACCAAAAAUUGUCCGAACAAGGCUUGGCUGACAAAGGAUUGUCAACUCCAAUUUGCGAUAUAGCUAACAUUACAAUCGUCGUAGUCACAAGAGUACUAAGUUCAUCCUUGAAAUAUAGCAAUGCAUAACUACAGGCGGUCAAUUAAUGUUCAACUCAACAGUCUCUUGUACUGUUGACAAACAAGUCUGUCAAGUGUAACCAGGUUUACGUCAAGAAUUGUAGCUUUCUACUUCAUGUUCAUGUCUAUGAAGGCUACAUAUGAACUGUUCCCAGAGGCCGUAGGGUAAGGAAAGAUGAGUGUCGGUUUCAACUAUCCAAGGUGAAAGGAAGUUGGAUCAAAAUUUACUUGUACCUUCACAAGUGAGGAAUUUAAUAUGUAUUUUCCCAUAUGUAAAAGAUAUGGAAGUCUUCA